AUGGAUGGUAAUCAACCAUCAAUUAAACAACAUCAACAAUUGCCAAAAGCACUGCAACAACAACAACAUUAUCAACAACAACAGCAGAAUGAAAAUCCGUCUAAGAUAGCUGCUACUCCAAGAAUGCUUAGAAGUUUAAGUGGAAUAAAAUCAAAAUCGGAAUUAAAUCAAUUUGAUCAACCAUUUGAAGAUAAUACUCCAACCACCAAUAAUAAUGGAGUGAAAAAACAAACAGAUUCACAAUUAUUACCACCACUAUCAAUUCCAUCACCUGCUUCUACUCCAGUUGGAGUUGGUUCAUCACAAGUUUCUAAAAAUUAUACUAAUAAUAAUAGUUAUGAUAAUAAUAAUAUUAAUAAUAAUAGUAAUCAAUAUGAUUCAAGACAAGGACCAAGAAUGAAUGAUUAUUCACCAGGACUGAGUAGAACUUUCAAAAAUAUUCAGAACCAACAACAACAACAACAACAAUAUAGUCAACAAAAUUAUUCGAAUCAGAAUCCUCAAGUUCAACAACAAAAUGAUCAACUUUCCCAAUUACAAAGACAACAACAGCAGCACCAGCAGCAGCAACAGCAACAACAACAACAACAACAACAACAACAACAACAAUAUACUAAUCCACAAUCAAGACAGCAACCACCACCUCCGCAACAACAACAACAAAAUUGGUCAUCUCAACCUCUAUUUGCAUCUUCUCAACUGCAUGCUCAGCAUCAUCAUCAUCAUCACCUGCAUCAUCAUCAUCAACAACAACAACAACAUACACCUCAGCAGCAGCAAACUCAACCACAACCACAACAACAACAACCUUCACAAACUCAGCCUCCACAACAACCUCAACAACAAUUUCAUAGAAAAUCCAUUGGUGAUUGGGAUUUUGUUAAAACAAUUGGAGCAGGAUCUAUGGGUAAAGUCAAAUUAGCUCAACAUAAUUCAACUCAUGAAAUUUGUGCAGUUAAAAUUAUUCCAAGAGCUGCAAAAUUAUAUCAAAGAGCUCAUGCAAAUGAUCCACCUCCUCAAACAUCUCAAGAAGCAUCUCAAAGACAUAAAGAAUUUGAAAAAGAAUUAGCAAGAGAUAAAAGAACUAUACGUGAAGGAGCUCUUGGUAGAUUAUUAUUUCAUCCAUUUAUAUGUAGAUUAUAUGAAAUGGUUCCAAUGACAAAUCAUUAUUAUAUGUUAUUUGAAUACAUUGAAGGGGGACAAAUGUUGGAUUAUAUUGUUGCACAUGGAUCAUUAAAAGAAAGACAUGCAAGAAAAUUUGCAAGAGGUAUAGCAUCUGCAUUAGAUUAUUGUCAUAGAAAUAAUGUGGUUCAUAGAGAUUUAAAAAUUGAAAAUAUAAUGAUUAAUGAAAAGGGAGAUGUUAAAAUAAUUGAUUUUGGUUUAUCAAAUUUAUAUUCACCAAAGAAUCUUUUAAAAACUUAUUGUGGAUCACUUUAUUUUGCUGCACCUGAAUUAUUAAGUGCAAAACCUUAUAUUGGACCAGAAGUUGAUAUAUGGUCAUUUGGUGUUGUUUUAUACGUUUUAGUUUGUGGUAAAGUUCCAUUUGAUGAUCAAUCUGUUUCUGUAUUGCAUGAAAAGAUUAAAAAGGGUAAUGUUGAAUAUCCAAAUUUUCUUUCAAGAGAAUGUAUUUCAUUAUUAUCAAGAAUGUUGGUUGUUGAUCCAACUAAAAGAGCAUCAUUAUAUGAAAUAGUCACACAUCCAUGGUUAAAUAAAGGAUAUGAUCAUAGAAUAUCGAAUUAUUUACCAAAACGAGAACCAUUACAUUUACCAUUAGAUCCUGAGAUUAUAAAACAAAUUUCAACAUUUGAUUUAGGUUCAGUACAAACUAUUACUGAAGAAUUAACAACUUUAUUAACAAGUGUUGAAUAUCAAAUGUGUUGUGAAAAUUGGUAUAAUAUAACAAGACAAGGUAAAGAAUACGCAUCAGUACCAAAUUCAAAUAUUUUACCUGAUCCCACUGGUGGGUUUCAUCCAUUAAUUUCAAUUUAUUUUUUGGUGGUUGAAAUGAGAAAGAGAAAGAAAGCUAAAGAAGAUGCUAUAAAAGCUCAAUUAGCUCAACAAGAACAAUUAAAACAACAACAAUUACAACAACAAGCUCAAGCUAUGUUACCAAGUCCAAGAGAAGAUACAACAUCAUUGGAGCAGAAUGUUAUAAACCAAAUUUCAACCCCAACUCAACCACCACCUCAGGUACCACCUCAGAUUCCACAACAACCUAAUUCAGGUACUGCUACUCAAGUUGAAAUUUUAGGACAAUAUUCUUCAAAAGAUACAUCAACUCCUCAACCUCGUAUUGUUGAGACAUUUGCUGAUUCACCUUCAAAGACAUUAGAUCCAAAACAAACUCCUGUAUUAUCAAUUCCUGAACAAGCUCAUACAACUAUAAAUUCUCCAUCUAUUGAAAACAAUUCACAUAAUAAUAUAAAUCCAUUAGCUAUACCAGAACAACAAAUUCAUCCAAAAAGUCCAAGAAGUACAACUCCAGAUACUUUGGAUCCAAAUAAGACUUUACAACAACCAGUUGGUUUUAAUAAUAUUUUAAGGAAAUUAUCAACUAAAAAAACCAAAGGAACGUCAUCUCCAAAGGGAAGUGAUAGAGAUUCAUUUAGUAAUAGGAUCCUGCCACAAAGUUCAACACAUUCAAAAGCUGAUCCAAUGGUACGUCGUGGUAUUAGUAUGAAAGUUACUGCAAAGGAAAAAGAAUCGAAUUCACGAUUAUCACCUCCAAAAGACAUUAUCAAAAAAGAGAAAAAAUCUUCAAUAUCUCAUUCACGUACGCCUUCUACCAGUAAACCUCAUGGAUUCAUACCAGUUGAAUAUUUACCACCAUUACCUAAUUAUGAUCCUUCAACAAAUACAUUGAUCCAAGAUUCAUCAUCAACCGUUACUCCAACAAGACAACAAACUUUAACUGUUCCUUCCACUAAAAAAAUGCAUCCAACUGCGCGUGCAAAAUCAGUUGGUGGACAAAUUAGAAAAGAUGCAUAUGGACGUACUAGAAGUUCAACUACUAAUCAAAAUGAUAAUAGUCCUCACGGUAGUGGUUCAAUAGGUGAUCAAAAUGAUGGUACAUUAGCAUUCUUUGAUGAUGUUAAAUUAGAUGAUAUGGAUGUACAAGAAAUUCCACAACUUACAGAAGAAGAAAUUAUGAAACAAUAUAAUGAAGCUAAACCAAAUACAAUGCCAUCAAUUGAGCAUUGUAAAACAUUAUUCCUUAAAGGAUUUUUCAGUGUACAAACUACUUCAACAAAACCGUUACCAGUUAUUAGAUAUAAUAUUAUUAAUGUUUUAAGUAAAUUAGGUGUUCGUUUCCAAGAAGUUAAAGGUGGAUUUAUAUGUAUUCAUACACCAUCAGUACAACAACAACAUUUACCACCUCAAGAAGAUGAAGUUGAAGAAUUAGAAGAUCAAGAUGAUGAUGAAGACGAAGCUGAUCAAAUAUUAAAUGCGUAUGCUAAUGCAAACGAAGAUGAAGAAAAUCAAUUAUAUGGUGAUGCUUUCAAAUCUAAAUCAUCAACUUUAAAAUCUUUAUCGUUUGAAGAUAAACCAGAAAGUAUACCAGAUGGUGCUAAAACUCCAAGUAGACAACCUUCAUUACAUAUCACAACAGCAACUUCAAGUAAUUCUGGUGGUAAUGGUCCAUUAUCACCAAAUAAACCACAUAGAUCAUCUAAUUCAGUUGGAGGAGGUCAUAGAAGAAAAAUAUCAUUUGGAAAUACUAUAUUAAAUUCAUAUAGAAAAAAGAAUAAUUCACAAUCAUUAAUGCCACCAAAUACUCCAGCUACAGUUAAAACGGUUAAAGGAAUGUAUGAUGAAGAUUAUUCACCUGAUGAUGAACAUAUUCAUCAUGGAAAUGGAAUUGAUGAUGCUUUUGAAAUUGAUAAUUCUGCUGAAUCUUUUAAUGGUUAUGGAGGAGGUAGUGAUAUGUUAAUAUCUUCUAAAAUUGAACAUAAAAUUCAUCAUAAUCGUUCAACUUCAACUUCAAGUAAUAAACAAGCUAAUCAAUCAAGUAAAAGUCCAUUAAAAUUUGAAAUUCAUAUUGUAAAAGUUCCUUUAGUUGGAUUAUAUGGUGUUCAAUUUAAGAAACUUUCAGGUAAUACUUGGAAUUAUAAAACUUUAGCUGGUCAAAUAUUAAGUGAGAUGAAUUUAUAG